AUGAGAAGUUACUGCCAUCAUCUGCUACAGACAUGUAGAAACUUAGAACAGCUUAAGCAAAUCCAUGCACAAACUUCAACACAAGGACUCCACCAUCUUCAAAACUUAUCUUGCAAAAUCUUCAAUACAUACACAAAAUUCAACAAACCGCUUGAAGCUUACAAUGUUUUCAAUCAAAUUCAAAACCCAGAUAUAGUUUCUUGGACUUGUCUAAUCUCUCUUCAUUUAAAUACUGAUCGUCCAUUCGAGGCUCUAUUGGUUUUCUCAAAAUUGAGUUCUUUAGGAUUAAAACCAGAUAGUUUUUCUGUUGUUGGAGCUCUUACAGCAUGUGGUCGGAGUGAAAAUCUUGGGCAUGGAAAAGCAGUUCACGGUAUGAUUUAUAGACAUGAAUUGGUGGCUUCAGGAUCGAUUGUUGGAAAUGCUCUGAUUGAUAUGUAUUCAAGAAAUGGGAAAAUCGAAGUAGCUCAGAUGGUUUUUGAUGAGAUGAAAAGUAAAGAUGUUGCUACUUGGACUAGUUUGAUGCAUGGGUUUAUCAAGUGUAAUGAUUUAAGUUCUGCACGUAGUUUGUUUGAUAAAAUGCCGGAGAGAAAUUCGGUUUCCUGGACUGCAAUGAUAACUGGUUAUAUCCAAGGUGGGAAACCAAUUGAAGCACUGGAGAUAUUUCAGAAAAUGAAAUCAGAUGGAAAUGAUCAUCCAACUGCGGUAAUGACUGUGGCGGUGCUUUCUGGUUGCGCUGAUGUUGGAGCACUUGAUCUUGGCCAAUUAAUCCACGGUUAUGUUAUGAAAACUUAUCUAAAUUUGGAUGUAACUGUGAAAAAUGCAUUAAUGGAUAUGUAUUGCAAAAGUGGAAGCCUUGAAAGCGCAGAAAAGAUCUUCAAAGAGAUCUCGACUAAGGAUAACUUUUCAUGGACAACAAUGAUUCUGGGGUUUGCAGUUCAUGGCAGUGGAAAACGUGCUCUUGAAGUAUUCUCUGAAAUGUUAGAAUCUGGAGAUUACCCGAACGAGGUGACAUUUGUUGCUGUUCUUUCAGCUUGCAGUCACGCAGGGCUGGUCAAUGAAGGUCGAAGAUGGUUUAAUUGUAUGCUGAAAAUGUACCAUUUGGAGCCAAAAAUCGAGCAUUAUGGAUGUAUGGUUGAUUUACUAGGUCGUGCUGGUCUUGUUGAAGAAGCAAAAGAGCUGAUUGAAAAUAUGAAAGUUCCACCAGAUGGGAUUAUUUGGAGAUCACUGUUGAGUUCUAGUAUUGCUUGCAAGAAUUUGGAAAUGGCUUUACUGGCGGGAAAGAAAGUAGUUGAACUAGAACCCAGUGAUGAUGGAGUUUAUGUACUUUUGUGGAACAUGUAUUGUUCAGUAAAUCAUUGGGAGGAAGCUAUAAAGAUGAGAAAGUUGAUGAAAGAUCGAAGAAUUAAGAAGAAACCUGGGCGUAGUUGCAUCGAGAUUAAUGGUGUUGGUAAUCAAUUUCUUGCUGAAGAUAAGACUCCCAACCCGGGUACAGAAACCCAGUUGGUUUUAGAAAGAAUGGCCCAGGUGAUGAAGGUUGAUAAUUCUUAUCUUUUCGGGAUUGAAUUUUAUUGAUCUCAUCCUUGGAUGGUGUCAUUUUCACAGUUCGUGUACCAACCUGAGCAUUGGAUUGAGGACACGAUCCGCACUCUAGGAAUUUCUUAGAACAUCAAAUUUGGUAAAAGAUCACAAAUUCCAGUCUUCAACCAGAAGUAAUAUCAUUGGCCUGACUGAGUAAUUUGGAUAACUUUGUCCAGGCUAUCAAUUUAGACUAAAGUCAUCAGUAGCAAUUCAAGACCAUUUGAAACCGAAAUUGAAGGUAAUAAUCAAAAUCCCAAAGGUCCCUCCCCUCCCGCCUACUUUACUCUCUGGUCUGCCUGAUAUCAUUCUCAUUAACUUGCAACUUUCAAACAAAAUUAAGACCUCAAUUUGCUUGGGAAACAAAAAUGCUCUGUAUUGUCUAUGGACA